CACAAAACCGAACGAUAUCGCAGCUUACAUUGAUCGAUUUUCAUCUUUCGCGUUCCAUACAAACAAACGAUGGGUCAAGAACUCUUACCUGAUAAUGUCAUUCUAGCGACGAUUUUCCCUCAAGCCAAACCAGUUUCAGUAACCGUCCUUACCCACACAUUCGACGCUUGCACAUUUAGGGCGCAGUUCGAGACACAACCAUGCAAAGACUGGCCUAUGGACUUGAUAGUACAUAUGGAAGUAUUUGAUGAUGUGCCUGUUCUGGAAGUGGUGACAGCUAUUGGGAGAGCUGCAAAUCAUCAGUUCCCCGGACUUGUACCAGAGACCUACCAAUGCGACAAGGCUAUGACUGCUGAUGGAAGAGACGUGGAGUACACAGUCACAAGGUUUCUCACUGGAACUGUACCUUUGGAGUCUGUCUGGCCGUCCCUCAAGCCUGAGCAGAAGGAGGCUUUAAUCGAUGCUGUCGUUAUGGCAGUCAAACAAGUCCAUCAAAUGAAACGAACAGAUCCCAUUCUUGAGGAGCUCCUUGCGGGCACGCCGUUCAUACAUGAGGAUGGAGGUGUGUGCAUCGGGGGACCAAGGAACGGAUACUCGAAAGAUCUUCGCGAAUUCCUCACACACCUUGUCGAUCGGAGUCAGCUGCGGCGAUCAGCCACAUCCGACAUAGUCGAGACUGCAGACGGCGUGCUGAUACACUCUUCACUCCCUGAGCUAGGCCAAGUUCUUCUCACGCAUGAGGAUAUCGAAACACUGGACAACAGCAUUGCGCUGUCCCAUAACGAUAUUGAACCGCGCAACAUUUCCGUGCAAGCCGUUGUUAGCACUGACGGGACCACCAACUACGAACUUGUUGGUAUCAUCGACUGCCACAAAGCAGGCUUCUUCCCUUUUGCGUUUGAAACUGCGCACAAGGACCUCUCUCUGGGCAACGAAAAUCUAUUUUUGGACUGGUACUUGCUCUUCAAGGAGAAAACACGAUCCAUGAUUCCGGAUGUGGUUGCGUCAGAAAAGCUCAUUAAAGCGGUGAGAAUCAUCACCAAGUCCAAAUGUAUGCAGCAAAAGACAAGUGUUAUGGCAGAGUUUCGAAGAAGGUGGCUCGAGAAGGAGGGUCUGGAUCUCAGCGAGGAUGUGUUGACGGGAUGGGAGCCUGAAGUAUCUGCUGGUGAAGCAAUAUAG